GACUCCCUGCUCUGCUCCUUCACGCUGCUGAACCAGGCUAGAGCACAGCCUUCAGAGACCGUGCCACCAGCUCCACAUGCAGAAGUCAAAGCCCUGCAACAGCUCCUGUAAUGAGAUCAUCCCUGGUGGCUCUGCGUCCGACUGAUACAGGUGACCACGACGCUCCACCUGGGUGCUAGGAGAAGGGGGCCCCGCCCCAGGAAAUCCCGACUGGUCUGAGCCACCACAGCGGUCUCACUUCCCUUCUGGUGACUGGUCCAGGAAACUGAAGCAACUCUGGCCAGAUCUUAGAGGCAAGUGCCGGGGGCUUCUGGGAAGGAUGCUUCCCUGUGACAUAAGGAGAGGGCCCCUUCUUCUCCCGCAUGGUGGGGGUCCGUGUGACGACGCAGCUAUAACAACAAUCCCGUGACCCCCAGAGGACCUGGGACUGCCUGCUGCAGAUGGCGAAGUUAAAAGGCGGGAAGGACUUUCAAGUUCUUGACACCGGGUCGGUCAGCCCAAAAUGGAACUUGCCGUGCUUAAGUUUAAGGGGCGGCCUUCCGGAGGGGCCCGCCCAGGCUCCGCCCCGUGCGCAGCCCCGCAGUCUUCUUCCUCGUGCAUCACGACUCUCUGGCUUCGGCACACGUGUCCCCGUUGCCCGGACGCUCCGACUUCUGUGUGAGUGUCACCCACUGCCUGGCAGAGGAGAUGGCAGGCGACAGGCCAGUACUAGGGACCCUGGCGGAGACGCUGCAGCCCCGUCAGGUGCCCCGCGCGCAGGCGCACCACAUUCUCCGCGGCUGCGCGCCUUCCGCGGCUUGGAGCCUGCGGGCCUCCGUAUGGCCGGCGUCUCCAUGGCGACCGCGUGGUCCUGGCGGCCUCCAUUGUUGGGUUGUCGCUCUGGGUCCCCCGGGCGCGCGGCGUGCGACUGGGGCGGAGCUCCGCAGGUGACUCCAGACCAAGGAGGAUGAGCAGUGGGCCCCGGAGGGCUGCUUCUUCCUGUCUGACAGAUGGAGGGAAGCAGCUUCUACAAGGUUCGCCCUGGGGCUGCUGACCCCGAGAGCAUUGCUGGUCAAGCCAGGAGCACGCCCGCCUCCCCCUCCACAGACGUUCACAAGGGUCUUAAGGGGGUCGUCUUUUCCUCCUCACCGAUCUUAGACUUGAGUCAAAGUGGUCUUCACCAUUUAGGAGAGAUCUUUAAAAUCCCCACCCUUAAACAAUUGUAUCUUCAGAGAAAUGCCCUCUCUGCGAUUCCCAAAGAUUUCUUUCAGUUACUGCCAAACCUUACUUGGCUAGACCUCCGGUUUAAUGGAAUUAAAGUGCUUCCUUCUGGGAUCGGAUCUCACAAGCAUUUGAAAACCUUGCUUUUAGAAAGAAAUCCCAUCAAAAUGUUACCUGUGGAGCUGGGGAACGUGACGACACUGAAAGCGCUGAACUUGAGGCAUUGCCCUCUGGAAUUCCCCCCUCCGCUGACUGUGCAGAAGGGGCUGGUGGCCAUCCUGUCCUUCCUGCGGACGUGUGCAGCAGAGCACUCCUCCUCCCAGGAUGUAACUUCUCGAGCAAUUUCACAAGUUAAAAAGAUGAACGUAAGUGAGCUGCCUCAUCCCUUGUUGGAUUUAUCCGAAGACCGUGUGCCUGACAGGGAAGCCAUUACCUCUCAGGAUGGAAAGGGGACCACGUUGAAAGAAAAGGCAGACUUUUUCCCGCCUGUUGAAAAACUAGACCUGACUGAGCUCAGAAAGUCCACCGACUCCUCAGAAGACUGGCCGAGUGAGGAGGAGAUCAGGCGCUUCUGGAAGCUGCGGCAGGAGAUUGUGGAGAACGAACAAGCAGAAGUUCUUGAAAACCAGCUCUUACCAAUGGAAUUGCCUCCCAACCUCAACGCAGCGUUGAACACCAGGGAGAAAGAGCGUUCCAGCCGAAGACACGCUUUCAGAAGGAAGACCCCCUCCUUCAGGAGCAUCCUGCCUGCCCUCCCGUUGUCGCACCAGGCAGUGAUUGGGGCAAGGAGGCUGGAGGAGAGCCGGGCUGCGGCCCUCCGGGAGCUCAGGGAGAAGCACGCCCUGAUGGAGCAGCGGAGAAGGGAUAGGAGAGUGCUGCAGGAGUGGAGAGAGCACACCCAGCUGAUGAAGAGGAAGAAGGAGGAGCUGAGCGAGCUCCUGCCCCCACAGAGGACGCUGGUGGCAUCAAAGAUUCCCUUUGCCACAGAUCUGAUGGAUAAUGAGAAAAUACCAAAGAAUUCAUUUGGAAAAAUGAGACAAAGCAAAGAGAAAUCAUCGCCAGCAAGUAAAGAAAUGGGUGCCGCCCAAGAGGGGGAUUUAGAAGAAAAGCUAAAGCAGCACAUAGAGCAAAUGCACGAACGAAGGAAAAGGUUUCGGGGGAUGGUCCCACUCCAGGAAAUAAGGAAGGCUACACAAGACUUGGAAAUUGGCAGAAAGCUACAGGAUGAAGUAAUGAAACUAAAAUUGGGAUCGACUUUGAGCGAAAAUCACCGAUUCACAGCUCUCUCUGGAAACCUGUCACUUCGCCCGCCUGCAUCACAGCCUCAGAAUAUAUUUUUUAACACGAAAUAUUAAGAAUCUGAAAAAGUUUACAGAUACUAAUGGCAAGGUGUCGCCUGUACUGACUGAGACAUCACCGACCCGACCCUCGGCUGGGCGUCCUGUCCUCAGGUGUCUCGUGUGUGGUGGGGGUGCGGGGGGAUCUAUUGGGAUUUGAUGUAACUCUGGUGAUUUAUUCAGACGCCUCUUCUUCUCAUUUCUGCUGCUUUUCUGGGGCUGUAAAGGUUUGAGCUGCUUGAGAAGAGACUGCUGUAAACAAGCCGCGUGCUGUUCGUUUCUGUCGACAUGUUUCUGCCAGUCCAGUUGACAGAAUGUUCUGGAUGUUAGCACCUGCCCCUCCCCCUCUGCCACUCUGCCACCCAGGUCACAAAUGUAAUCACAGCUUUCAGUGACUCCCUGUUCUAUUGUGGGGGAGGCCAGGUCUCCAAUUCCUGCCAGGUCAGAAGCCCUGUGGUCCUGUCUGCCCUGGAGGGAGGGCAGCUUGCUCGAGGGCAUUGGGGAGCUCACCUGCUGGCAGCCUUGGCCUCGCCCUGCAUGUGGGGCAGCAGGUGCCCCUUGACCUCGCCCUGCACGUGGGGCAGUGGGCGCAGUGGGCACAGCCCUGCCCUGUGGCUCCCGGGCCUCCAUCCACAGAGCAGUCUUUAUCACGUCCUCACCAGGCUAUUCAGAUUCUGACGGGUCUCUGCCCUGUAGGUCUGAUUGGAUGUUAAAUAAGGGCUUGAUCUUGAAAACAUCUUUGAUUCGAUUUCUUUAAUAGAUAUAGGAUUAUUCAGAUUUUCUGUUUUUGUGUUAACUUUAGUAAAUAUGUUUUUAAUGAAUUUUUGCAUUUCAUCCAAGUUGUCAAAUUUAUAGCAUCAAGUCCAUCAGAUGACCUGGACCCGGGCCCUUGUGGCCACCGGCCUCACUCUGGUUGUAGUAGCCACACAGGGUGUCCAGGCCCCCUCAGAAGGUCCCAGUGCCCUGGCCCCUCGGGGAAUGGGGUCCCCAGGUCUGAGAUGGAUGGAUGUCAGGGGGUCUGCUUGCUUUUCCUGGCCCCACUCUCACUUGUCAGGGUCAGGACCACUGAGAGCAGCAGGAAGAGGGUUGGGGGCAUCAAGACCCACACGCUUAGGGUCUGGGGAAACUCUGAGCCCCACUGGUAAAUGUGGACUCUAUAGCCAGAAACCACAGCGACACUGAUGGCUCCUAGAAACCAGACUCGCAGUGGGAGUGAGAGCUGGGGCCCCAUCGUAAGCAUCCAGACGGGAGGACCCCACACAGGUCGUGAGAGAGAAGCGAAACUCAGGAGCUGGGCCUCCCCCACCAGACCACAGGAGAACCAGCUGGUCAACCCUGAAUGGCUGCUGUUUAAACCACUAGUGGCUUGUCACAUAGUGACAGGUAACCGAGACGGGUGGGUGUGGGGCGAAGACACUCGAGGCCUCAUCUGAGGCGGUGGAGAGGGCAGGGAGGGGAGGCGUUGGGCUUGAGGCAUGGAGCAAACUGACCCGAGACCCUGAGCCCCGAGAGCUGUGCCUGCCUGGGGGCUGGGACUCUGCCCUGACCCCUCCUGCCCCGAGACUCAUGUCCCACGUCCGCGAGCCCCGGCCCAGGGCCUGAGCCCGCGGUGCUGAGGCGGCGUGGUUGUGCUUGCGCCUCCAGUCUCACAAACUAGUGAGGACCCCGGGCGUCUCUGUGUGCGUCAUGUCUUCAACACGCACCAGCCUAGGACUAAAACCAUUUCAAAAAUAAAGUUCUUCCUGAUGCCCUCCCGUGUUUCAGUCUUUAGGACCCACAGUUAUGUCUCCUCUCAUUCUUACUGGUGUUUUGGGUUCUUCUUCCUUAAUCUUGCUGAGGAUUUAUCAAUUUUGUUAAUCUUUGCAAAACAACUUUUGGCUCUGUCGGGUUCCUCUGUGUGUGCGUGUUUCCCGUCUCCC